AUGGAGGAGGAAAUCAAUGAUAUAUCAUAUUAUACUGGAUCAACUGAGACAGAUUCAACGCCACAAGUAUUAGAUUUCCAAGUUGAAGAAGGUAGUAUUGUUUCAUUAAGUAUUCCAAAUGAUGUACCAGAAAAUCCAGAGGAAAUAGCAUCAUUCUUCUUGGAAAGAAGAGUUGGGAAAUAUGAAUGGUUUUUAAUUGCAAAUGCAUAUGUAUCAAGAGGAGAAAUAGAUAAAGCAAUGGAAUUUGUAAGAUCAGCUUCAAAUGCACAACAUUUAAAUGAAGAAGAUAAAAAGACUUUUAAAUCAUUUUUAAUUUGGUUACAUUUAAGAUUAAUAUCUUUAGGAAUUGAAAAAAGUACAAAUAUAACUCAAGCAAGUAUAGAGAUUCAUGAACUAACUUCAAAAAUUCAAAAUGAUUCACAAACUUCAAUUGUAAAUAACACGAGUAAUUUAUUAACACAAGCUAUAUUAUCAAAUUAUCAUGGUGGAGAAGAUGAUGCAUUGGAAAUAUUUGACAAAAUAUUAAGGAGAGAUCAAAAUAACACAUUUGCAUUAUUGGGAAAAGCACAAAUUACAUUAAGUAAAACCAAAAAUUAUUCAUUAGCAUUGAAAUUGUAUCAACAAGUUUUAAUAUUAAACCCCUUAAUGAAACCAGAUCCAAGAUUAGGUAUUGGAUUAUGUUUUUGGUUUUUAAAAGAUGAUAAAAUGGCAAUACAAGCAUGGGAAAGAUCUUUGGAAUUAGAUCCAACUAAUUCAAAAGCUAAAAUAUUUUUAAAUUUAGCUAAAUUUCAUACAACUUUUAAUAAUUCAUUAACUGAUGAAGAAUUUUUAAACAACUAUAAAAAAUGUAUAACAGAAAUUGCAAAACUUCACAAGGAUAAUAUAAAUGAUUCAACUAUUUUAUUAACUUUAGUAUCAUUUUAUUUUUCCAAACAAAAUUAUGAAACUGUUGAAAAAAUUGUUAAAUUAAUUGUAAGUAAUAUAACAGGUAGUGAUAAUUUGGAGAAAAUUAAUAGUCAUGUUAAAUUAACCAAAUAUGAAUCAAACAUUUUAUCAGAAUGUAGAACUUGGAUUGCAAGAAUAUCAUUUAAUAAUGGAGAUUUUACUCAAGCUUCAAAAAAUUUUCAAGAAGCUAUUAAAUUAAAUGAAUUAAAUAUUGUUGCAAAAUUAGGAUUAGGUCAAUCACAAUAUAAUCGUGGAUCUAUUGAUGAAGCAAGUUUAACUUUUGAAUCUAUUUUAAGAAGUAAUGUUAAUUGUUUGGAAGUAAAUUAUUCUUUAGGUGUAUUAUAUUCAAAACAAGAAUCUAAAAGGAAAAAAGAAAUGGCAAUUCAAGUACUAGAAAGAUAUAUUAGACUUUCAAAUAAUAGAGGAUUAUCUUCAUCAAAGGAUGAUUCAGAAUAUUUAUUAAAUAAAGAACCAAUUACAUUAAAUGCAUACUUAAUUUUAAGCAAAUUAUACGAAAAUAAAGAUAUUACACAAUCAUUAAACUACCUCAACAAAGCAAUAGAUUCAAGAAAACAGUUUGAAAAAAAUGUACCAUUGGAAAUAUAUAAUAAUAUUGGUGUAAUACAAUUUACAAGACAAAAUUUUGAAAAGGCAUCAGAAAGUUUCAAGACAGCACUUGAACAACUACAGAACAAUCAAGAAUUUUAUAGUCCAGAUGGGGAUCUUUUAGUUGAUUUACCACAAGAUUUAAAAACAACAUUAACUUAUAAUUUAGCAAGAUCAAAAGAAAUAUCAAAUCAAGAAGAAGCUAUCACUGUCUACGAAAAUUUACUUUCAGAAUGUCCACAUUAUUUCUCAGCAAAAUUAAGAUUAUUGUUUUUAUCUUGUAUACAACAAUCAUCCAUAGAGGAAAUAAAACAAGAAAUAGAUGAACUAUUAGAUUUAAAUGCGUCAGAUUUAGAAAUUAGAUCUUUUUAUGGUUGGUUUAUUAAAAAUUUUGGUAAAAAACUAGGAAUGAAGAAUGAUUCUGACGUUUCUUUCCAAAAGGAAACUUUAGUGGAAUUUAAUAAACAUGAUUGUUAUGCAUUGAUUUCAUUGGCUAAUAUAUAUUGUCAAUUAGCAAGAGAAUCAAAGGGGUCAUCCUCAAAUGAGAAAAGAAAAACUUAUUAUUUAAGAGCAAUUGAAUUAUAUACUAAAGUAUUAACUGUUGAUCCAAAAAAUGUAUAUGCUGCCCAGGGUUUAGCUAUAUCAUAUAUUGAAAAUAAAGAAUUGAAUAAAGGAUUAGAUAUUUUGAGAAAAAUAAGAGACUCCUUAAAUGACAUAUCAGUUUAUUUGAAUUUAGGUCAUGUAUUAUGUGAUUUAAAAGAAUAUCACAAAGCAAUAGAAAAUUAUGAAUUAGCAUUAGCAAGAUAUACUGAUGGUAAUGAUGUUAAAAUAUUAACAUUUUUAGGAAGAGCUUGGUAUUUACGUGGUAAUAAUGAAAAAUCCUUACCAUUUUACAAAAAAUCAUUAGAAUUUACAAGACAAGCUUUGGAAAUUACGAAAGGCAGUAAAUCAACAUUAUUAUUCAAUAUUGCUUAUGUACAAUUUCAAAUAGCAGAUUUUAUAACAAAACAACAUAUCACACAAAGAAAACCAGCGGAAAUCAACGAAGCCAUUUCGGGAUUAAAUGAAGCAAUAGACAUAUUGAUAAGUUUAGCAUCAGAUGAAGAGAAACAUCCACCAUAUCCAAAAGAUGAAUUAAGAGGUAGAGCUAAUUUAGGUUCAAGUACAUUGUUGAAUAGAUUAACUAAUGCAUUAGAUGAAACUAAGGAAAAUAUUGCACAAGUUGAAGAAAAAUUACAAAUUGCUAAAAGCUUAAAAGAACAACUGAUUAAAGAAAAACAAGAAGAAGAAAUUAAAAAAUUACAAGAAUUAAAAGCAAAAGAAGAAAUUUUAGCAAAACAAAGAGCUGAAUUACAAGAACAAGCUCAACAAUGGGCUGAAGAAUCAAGACAAUCAAUUGUUGUUAAUGAAGAUGAUGAUAAUGAUGAUAAAUUAUUUGAUGAAGAAAAUGAAGAAUCUAAAAAGAAAAAAUCAAGAAAUGGAGGAAAUACCAAAUCCAAAGGUUCAAGAAAGAAAAAAUCUAAAAAAAUAGUAAGUGAUACAGAAUCUGAAGCAGAAAUAUCAAAUGAAGAUUACGAUAAUAAUGAUAAUGAAGAAAAAGAACCAACAACAACAACAGAAACUAAUGGAUCUUCUUCCACAACUUCCAAAAAGAGAAAAUCAGAAAGUAAUGGAACCAAUAAUGAGGAUGAAGAUGAAAUAGUUACCAAGGGAUCAAAUAAGAAACAAAAAUUAUCAAAAGAAUUUAUACAGGACAGUGAUGAUGGAUUAGAUAGUGAUUAUGAAUAA